AAUGCAACUGGAGAGAACCUGAGAGGGAAUCUUCUCGAGAGAGAGCUGCAAUAUGUGGCCCAAAUUCACGAUAAACUAAAAGACACUGCUGGAUGUAACGAUGUUGCAGUGCUCAACAUGUCUUUUGAUAGCGAGAGGUGGAAAAACGAAGCUCUUAUGGCAGUCAACGUCGCCAACCUCCUGACUUCUCUCUGGUCUGUGAAUUCGUCCGCUAUUGCCGAAUCUAUUGUUGAGAAUGACAUUUUGCUGUAUCAAAUGGUUCGCUACAUCGUCCGUUUCUCACCAUCUGUUUUCGGAUCAGUUGUAUGUUUCGAGCCAAACUUGUACAAGGACUACGAAAGGUUUUGUCCUUACGCGUUCAAGGACAAGAAAUUGAACGGAAGCAUUCAUGUUACAGAUCUUGCGCGAACGGCAGAUUACGAUUACUCUUCGAGCCCAAACGCUAUUUGGUGGACUGGAAUCAGACGGAAAACCAGAAACAAGACGUCAACAGAUUGGAUGAAAGAGACCGAUUUUUAUUCAGUAGGAAGCGCGAAUGGAAUUGUCGAGAAUGAAACCCCCGACCGAUUACUUGUGACAUACGAAGAUGGUUUGUGGACUAAGCCGUAUUUCGAUUGUUUUGGUGGCAAAGUGUGGAUGAUAACCUAUCUUGCUCCAGUUUUAAACGAAACCAGCGAAUUUUUGUAAGUUUUGGUUUUUGUUGAAUAAUUUUGCCUCCAUCUCCUAUUAACCUCAUCAUCGUUGUUCAAUUGUUUUCUUAAUUCUUGGCCAAGUGCAUUGGCUGGGUCUCAUGGUAUAAGAUGAGUGCGCUAUCAUUUGAGUACACUAUCCUAAAGAGCAGUUUUCUGUGAAACGAUAACAAAGUAUUGUUAAAAAGUAAAUUAACCGAAUCUAAGAAUAACAAUCGAUACUCGUCCAGGUGAGAAUAGUCUUGUAAAGAACUCUUGACGAUGGCAAAGACUUGGUUGUCGCGGCAUAUGUCACUAUUACUGACCACAGUCCUUUCCCGGACUUCUCCGAGGCGGACGAUUAUCAUAACACGAUCAAAACUGUCUUAAACUUGAGUAAAGUCAUUGCUUUCGCAAGAAGUAAUAAAUUCGCCAACUGACUCCAUUUCGGUUUGCUUGGGACACGCGCUUCUCAAUAGUCCCGCGUGCGUAGUAAGUAAAAAGUCGUAGAGGAAGUUCUUCAUUUAAAAUGUGCGUAAAAUCGGCAUUCAGAAAAAAAGAAUCGCGACUCAAAAUUUAAACGUUGAAAUAUGAAUGAAAUUAUACAAAACUAUUAUUUCGCAAUCAUUUUCUCAAAUAAAGAGCCUAUCGUAUUAACUUGUAUGUCAAGCUUUUCCAGCCGGUUUCAAUUAUUCAACCUUUACAUUAUUUUGUUGAGUUUUUGACCGUGAGAAAAGAGAAAAUUUCUAAUUUUCCAUGAAUUAUUUAGGCAGAGACUUCGCCGGGGUUGCAAAACGUUUUUUUCUAGCGUAACGAUUUCACGUCAUACAUACGUCUGAAAGAAAAAUAUGCGGAUAUUAGAAAUCGGUCGUUUUUAGGAGACCAAUCAAUAUAGAACCGGUUGAAAAAACCGCAAACAAACCAGCUAGUUAAAUAAAAAAUUAAUGAAGAAGAAUGGGGUGGAAAACAAGCUGUUUGCUAUAUCGCACUUUCUUUUUCUCAGACGGUUAUUGUUUGCUUCAUUACAUUGCAUACAAAUAUUUUAAAGAUUUGAGUUGUAGUUAAUGAAAACUGCAACAUUUUUAUCAGGCUUAAUGAAACUGAGCGGCCUAAUGGUGUUUUUGCCGUGGGAGUUUUAGCUGUAGUAAUUACGCAGUCACUAUUCAUAUGCAAUUUUUGUGAGAAAACUUAGUACAUAGGCAGCUUACAGGAAAGUGUGGUCUAAUCAACUGAGUUGAUAAUGUAAAUUGCCGUUGUGAAGAGUUUCCAACGCUUAUCUUUCGAGCGUUAGCCCUUUGUCAGAACGAAAGACUGAGGGCUAUCGUUUGAAAAGUUAGAUUUAAAAACUCUUAACGGUGGCCAAUUUAUAUCAACAAGUCAGUUAACAAACCAAAUUAUCUUGAAUUUUAAUUGCGUGAAAAAAAUUAAGUAUGAAACUAAUUUCAUUCAAAUUAGUCAUUUUUGCCGUCCGAAGUUGACUACUAAAGGCCAACAGAAUGGAAGCAAAAUGCCGAGCAAUAUUUUUGCGAAUCAAAUCGUGUUUCCCGCGUACGAGACUAAUGUUUCAACAUCUUUCUUUAUACCAGCGAACGAGCUUAAGAUUAAACACCUUUUUAUUUUGCAUCUGUUUCUGAACAGCUCCAAAACUGCUUGUAUUGGCUCUAUACAGGACAUUUGACGCAUAUGAGUAUGGUCAGUAUGUUACCAGCUCGGUAGCAAUCUCGUGCAAGAGCUUCCGUUACCCAAUACAGCGGUCAAGGGUCAGGCAUGCGCAAGGGGAUCGAUUUUGGUCGGCUGUAUGGCAAUUUCCCGCGUAAAAUUUCAGGGAAAACAUGAAAAAUAACCGCUCUCUUGCAAAACAUGCACAAAUAUUCAAAUGUUUGCAGAAAUCUGGACAGGGAGACAAAAAGUACGGGAAAAGAAAAACUGGGAGUUCAGAACACUAAAAAUAAUUGAUUCUGAAGUAUGCUAUAACAUAGCUUGUGUACCAUGGUCUCUGAUAGUCAGUCCAUCGAAGUAUCAUGACUCUUUUUCAAUAGAAUGCUAAUUCAUCAGUUCACAAACUUUGAAGAGUUUGAAGAGCAUUCGACGGCGGGAUCAGAAUUAGCGGUAGUUCAAAGUUUCACAAAGGAUUCAGACCUUUUUGGUCUUAAAAGCGUGAAAAUUGUUAACAAUUGAUCUUUCUUAAGAUUAAGGGUUGCUGAGAAGGUGGGAACAGCUUCACGUUCUGCAGUCCUGGAAAUAAGACUUGGCUGAACAUUUUUUGUUAUUGUUGUUGUUUUUUUUUUUUGCUUCUUCAGAGGUACAGUAAGCGUGGAUAUUUCUCUUGAGGAUGUAGAUAUCGAUCAGUGCGAUGCCCCAGACUCCGCUGAACAGCAGAGCUCAAAAGAGACUGGUGACCAAGCCAAACCAAACCACUUAAGCACAUUCAUGGGAACUCACAGGUGCAAAAAGAGCACAAAGGCAAGUUAUACAGACUAAGAAACAUCAAAUUCAUGCAGAUUUAAUUCCAUAAUAAACUUAAAGGAAACCAUCCCUGCCCCCUCUCCGUACCACCCUUUAAUCCGGAAUAGCUAUCUUUUUGCAGUGUGUACCAGUCCCUUUCCAAGGAUUCAAACGCGGCACCUAUCGCUGUACUUGCAAACGAGGCUACUAUUUUCCAGACCCCACAGCAGCUCGGAAAUACUUUCCCGGGCAGGUCCUGGAGGAAGAAUACGACAAGAUGCUGAGAGGCGAAUCGAACCUUUAUGAGCACCACUUUGAGUGCCUUGCUUGUAAUGAGGGCUGUGAGGAAUGUGUGGAUGGCAGCGCAUGCGUGCAUGAUGUGUAUACAAAGCUGAGAUAUUCUCUCCUUGUAAUUAACUGCCUCUAUGUCGUCAUUUCGCUAGUCUUCGCAGCGUUGGUGUUCAAACUUUGGCAGAAUAAGGUAAAGAAAGGGCAAGACCAGAACAGUUUGGGUUCGUAAUGCUCGUCACUGAAGUACUGGUUUCCAGGCCUCUGACUCUGACCCUUUUCUUUUUUUUUGCACGCAAGUUACGUUAUGCAACCCUUUUUAAUAUGUUUUAGAGGAGAGCACAUCUUUAAAUAAAAUACCACAAUUAUAAAACUCCACACCGUGUUACUGUCCCAAAACCUAAAAGUCAUACACCCGGCAUUGUCCAUGGGAAACGUUCAAAAGUUAAUGAAAGCUGCUGUGUUUGAUCGAGUAAGUACGGAAACCAGAUACUUGACAGUUGUUUCUUAGAAUAAGAUUAGUCUCCUGGUUGUACUUGCUCUGGGCUAAGAUCAAAUGUCUCUGACCAAAUCUUGACAGAAAUUGUGCAUUUCUAUUAUGAUGUAUGAAAUGAAUGAGUUCGUUGGCAGCUUUCUUUUCAGUGACAUUUUCUUUCCGUCUGUUAGAUAUUCAAAGCUUCCAGUCCACGUUUUCUUGAAGUCAUUAUCUGCGGAGCAAUAAUGAUGUAUGUAAAGGUACGUGAUUUGACUUCAUCAAUCAGUUAUUUACUGCACAACUAAUUGUAAUGAAUGAAUAUCUCUGUGAUGAGUAGACUUUUAAUGAGUCAAUUUUUUACCCAUAGUUUUUGGUCUUUUUGAGAGCCACGGUAUAAUGAAAGAUAAAAUAUAACUUAGACAAUGGUUAACAAUUAUUCACAGAAAUGGAGGUGAAUACCGGUGGAUAUUUAUUGAGCCGCGACAGAAACCGAAAAAUAGUUUGGUUUUGUCAAUAUACCGAAAAAUGGUCAGAAAUUAAACUCUUGACGCGAGAUUUUGUCUCUUCGGCUGCUCAGCGGUGAAUAGUACUUGCUAAUCUCUUCCGAACUAACCAAUCAGCGCGCGCGAAAAGCACUAUUUACCUGCGUUGUAUAUAUGAAUUGUUGAUAAUGGUUACCUAGCGUACACGAGUGGGACAAUUCGAUCGCGAAGGCCCCUCAAAAAUAAAUAAGCCACCUGGAAAAGCAUCGGACUGCUGAGCGGGAGGUCAAGAGUUGCGCGAUGACUUUGUUAGUUUGUGAUUAAACCACGUUGGGAAAAAAUUUUUCCUCUUAGAAGACAUUAAACACAGCUCAAAACAAAUCUGAAAUUUUCUACACUCGAUCCACUUGGCCGUUUGUCACGUCGGCUCCCGUAAAUCCUUACCACACAACGUUAGGAAAAUAAUCCAAAGGUAAGACCCAUCAUCCCAGUUCAGCUGUUGAUGCAUGUCCCUUUCAUGAUUUAAGCUUAUCGUAUCGUUCCCUAAACCUUCCGAAGUGCGCUGCAUAUUGUCACCUUGGUUACAUCACCUGGGUUUCGCUUUGGUAUAUGGUUCUCUGGCUCUGAAGACAUGGAGGUAAGAAGCCUGUUGUAGGCCCUCAGUUAGUAAAGGGGAGGAAAAUUGUAAACGGAGUGUAAUGGUGACAGGGCGAAAAUGAGGGAGGUCUGGGUCGGGUAGCGUAAUGAACGCGACUCGAUCCAAACCCCCGUAGUCUUUCACUCCUCAGUUCAGGUUUUCGGACCUUCAAUAAUAGACGUGAAACAGCCCGCCGGUCAGAACUACCACUGUAAAAAAACAAACAAACAAAACACUCAUACUAGCAGUUGAUCGAUCGUCACAGUGGUAAUUCACUCCAGGAAGUUCAAGUUUUCCUCGAGAUGCAACCAAUCUUGUCCUUGUAGGGGGGAAUUAUUAUGAUUACGAUUGGUAAUCUUAAGCUUAAAGGAUCAAUGAUUCUUAUUCAAUAGUAACCAUGCAUUUCCCUUCCUUUUUCUUUCGCUUUUCCUCCACUCCAGAGUGGUGUUAAUUUUCCGCGUGUGCUCCGCUCGUAAGUUGGCUAUAAAAGACAGUGUGUUGCUAAGGAGAUUGGCAGUUAUUGUAUUGCUGUAUACAAGUUUCUUGACCGUUUGGAUGGUGAUACAGCCACCUUCCAUCGAAUCAAGUAUUACCGCUGAUAAACUCAAAUACGACAGAUGCUCGACAAGCUCGUUUAGUCACAUGAUCUUAGCAGGUAAACAAAACAUCCUAAAUCACGUAAGUGCCUAUCAGUGCUACUCAUUGUGGCCGGAUACCUAAAUACAUGGAUGUCUUAAAUGAAGCAAAAUCAAUCUGUGUCCAGGGAAGAUGAGAAAUCUUUAGGGUAUCCCUCUCCCUAAGAAAUGUGUUUACCGCGUAAUAAGCGCGCUAGACUCUGGGUAGGAAAUCCCUGGUUCGAGCAAAGCCUGGUCCAUGCAUUAUUUUUUUCGGUAAGUACCCUUAUUCUCAUGGUGCCAUAAAGCAUUUCUCCACUCAGGACUUGCGACAAGAUGAUUGGGAUGAAUGCGAUGCGAUGAAUUAGCAUUCUAUUGAAAAAGAGUCAUGAUACUUCGAUGGACUGACUAUCAGAGACCAUGGUACACAAGCUAUGUUAUAGCAUACUUCAGAAGAUCCAUAAAUAAUUCCUGGAGAUUUUAAAGCUUUCCCUAGUAAACAAAGAAUUAGUCAAAAUUUGCAUGUUUUUACACUUCUCUACUUCUGAUAAUGUUUUAUUGAGUAUAUUUGUCAUAAUUACGAUCUAGUAAAGCACUUUUUCCUGGAACAAUUCCAAUAGAGCAAGUUCCGUUACAACAAUUUUUGAUUAUUUCUUUCUUUCCCUCAGCUGACUUCGUAGUCCUUGCUUGGGGAAUGUGGCUCAGUUUCAAAGUGAGAAAAGUACCACAAGUUUACAAUGAAAGUAAAUUCAUCGGCUAUGCCAUAUACAACGCCACGUUUAUAAUCUGCUUCAUCAACGUGUUGAGGUAACGCAAAAUCAUUCUCAGGCUCCUGAGUUUCCAACCUCGUUGGUCUUUUUUCCUCGAAUAAAAUAGCCCACAAUCGGGCAUUUUUGUGAUAUUAGGCUUGGGCAGUCAUACAAACAAUGAGUGCUUAACCCUUUGACUCCUAAAUUUUAGCUGAUGACCUCUAUUACAUAACUGAACAAUCCGACUAAAAAAAUGUAAGCAAACGCGAUCCGAUAGUGUAAAACACAAAAAUACGAAACCUAACACCCCCAAAAAAGAAAGUUGCAAUGAGUAACAUAUUUCAUCAACUUUAUCAAAUCGUUUCAGGCAUUUCUAAUGUUAAUUAGGUUCAACACGCUGGUAUAUCUCGUAACCUAGAUCAAGGGUUUUUUUCCUUGUUCAAAUGUCACCUUUGGGUUACAUGGCAGAAGACUGAAUACCAGGCCCCCGAGCCGUCUGUGCAGUGUUCUCAGUUUCUUCCUCUCCUCUUUGCGUAACGAUCAUUUUGUAGAACAAUCGAAUGCUUUUAACAUCUAAUUUCUUCUUACAACAUCACCCCUGAAUCAAACAUUAAGGACAUGAGAAUAAAGGAAUUGAUCACCUGCGAAAGAUGCUCAUGAUUUUACAACAAAUUCUCCUUGACUGCACCCUAGGAAAUGGGUAACCGGUCGUUUCGCCUACGGGUCGUUUCGCCUACUGUCUGUUCGCCAACGUCUAGAGUCGGUUCGCCUACCUCCAAUAUGUCAGUUCGCCUACGAUUCAUAUGUCAAAGCUUAAAAACUGAAUUGUUUUAAAGUUCUUGUUGAACCUCGCCGAAAACUGAGUAUUAAGAUGAAAUAAACCCCCGUUCACGGUCUUUGUGUUUAAUUGUGACUCGAGCGGCCUAUGCUAAAGGAAGUGGGACUCUAUUAAUUAAUGUUUUGGCUGUUAGUUCGUGCGCUUUCAUGCAAUCCGUAAACUUAGAUACAUAGAUGAAAAAAUGUAUAUGUAACAGGUAAGGCGUUAUUUGUGCAGACUUGUGAUUUAAGCAGCCCAUACUAAAGAAGGUCAGACUUUUCAUUAACAUCUCAUUCAAAAGGACAAGGUACUUAAGAAAUUAGUUUGUUCCCACUUUACUUCCUGGUUCAAUGUUUAUAUUGAUGUUGCGAUUUGUUCUAUCAUGAACUUUAUAAAUUAGUGUUUUGUUAGUUCGUGCGCUUUCACGCGAUCCGCAAACUUAGCUGGACAUGCUAGCUCAUUUAACAGAGGAUUAUUAUCGAAACAUCAACGCGGCAAUCAACGGUGUCAUCAAAGCUAUAAUCAUCGAUCCGAUUUACUACAACUUGAUUCUUUCAAUGCAAACUUGAUAGCAUAGUAUAGAAACAUCAUUUCUUUAUCUCUUCCCUCUAUUAGGUAAUGAAGAAAGUAAUGCACCUGCUGCCAAUUCAACAUCAAUUUUUGUUUCAGUUGAAUCAACUGUUUUAUACAAUGAUUGUUUUACAACGGAGUUUAAGACGUAGGCAAACUGAGAUAUUAGACUUAGGCGAAUCGACUCAAGACGUAGGCGAACAGACGGUAGGCGAAACGAUCCGUAGGCGAAACGACCCGAAGGCAAAAAGACCGUUAUUUAGGAAACGUAUAGAGAACAGCAUGGAGAAUAUGGAUACUGAUUUUAGAGUGUAAAGGGUUAAGGAGCUAAGUUGUUGAAACACGAGGGAAUAAAUAGUAUAUAGUGCUCAUAAACCGUCUUAGCACUAGACAAUGGAAAAGAAAGCACCCAGUCUCUCAACCUCUCAUCCAGACCUUAUUGGCUCAGCUUUAACAGUGUUGUACGACAUGUUAUUAGUUCCCUCUCCGAUGGAAAUGCAAUGCCUAAAGCUAGCAACUGAUUCCACGGGUCUUCUCGUCCGCGAGCAAACAUUUUACAAUCAGCGAAGUCUGUCUCUUUCCUUUUUUUUAGUCAUUUUUCAUACGCUACUUUUAAUUAUAGUUCAAGCUGUUCAAUAAUCGAGUGAGCUUUUUCAAUAUCAUGCAAAUGUAGCUUCAAAUCUACAAGUGGAUGCAAUUUCGCGUCGUGACCGAAAAUGGCUCGAAUCUAACUUCUCGAUUCAGAUCAGAAUCAGCCUCUUUAAUACCAAUCAAAAAGUUCGUUUCAGAAUAGAAGGCACCGCCCUCUCUCACUUCCCUUCUCUAAUGAACGUUCCCCUCCCAAGUUUCCUGGCAGCAGAAUCUUAUAUUUAUCUUUUUUAGUGUUGUGCUAAGUAGCGGCUCAUCUCCUGACGUGAUGUACGCCAUGGACUUUAUAAACAUCAACAUUAGUGCCUCUGUCACGCUGAUGCUUUUGUUUUCCCACAAGGUACGACUAAAUGGGUUGGUUGCCGUAUUACCUUACAGCAACACCUAGUUCAUUAAGAAAGUGUUGACGCUAUAGAAACACAAUCUUUUUAUGUUUAAAAGGAUACGAUAAAAAGAUGAUAAGACCUCUCUCCAUAUGUGAAAAUGAUGUAACAGUACUAGACCUCUGCUAAUCUCCUUCGCAGCCUUUCUUUGGUCUCGUCACGCAACACCCUCUCUCAACCGAGAGAGAGAUAGAGAGAGACAGAGACGGACAGACAGAUAGACAGACAGAGAGAGAGAGAGAGAGAGAGAGAGAGAGAGAGAGAGAGAGAGAGAGAGAGAGAAAGAGGGUGCUGCGUGACAAGACCAAACAAUGGCUGCGAAGGAGACUAAAAUUUUGCAGGCCUCCAUUUAUCACUGUCACACAAGAGUAAGGCACACAUGUCACUAGAGGACUGUAGGCGUGACCAUCAAAGUAAUGUAAUCUUCCCUAUCCCGAAACACGGAGAGCUGCGAGAACGCAAUGUUUUUUUUAUAUCUUACAUGUAACAUGAAGACGUCCAUGUAUAAACAUUAGCCUCUAAUUAGCGCGAAAACAUGUACAGAUAUUUGUCCGCGAUGCGAACAGCGUAAAAUCAAAAAACUGUUAUGGACUUAAGUUUUCAUGAAAAUUGAGGAAUUUUCUUGGAUAUCACCCAGUUUUAGCUGAGGAAUAUAUGUCAUAUGCUGUGUUUAGACCAAUCGCGCGUAAGCAAAAAUAUUUGAUGGAUCAUAAGUUCUAAUGAUUUUAUCUAUAAUAUUCUUUGCAGAUUUUUUUAGCUUUGGCCUUGAGAAGUAACAGCCACCGCACCUCUCCUCAGGAGAAUAAGUUAUCAGUUCGUUCCAGAGGGGAGACAAUUGCUAAGGAACUUGACACAACUAUACUCGGUGGAGAAAAUGACGAACUUAAGGUUGGCGUCGCUUGA